CACUGGGGGCGCGCUGAGAAGAGGAGAGUCCGUCCCAGUCAGCAGUUGCAAACCAAUCACUGCUGGUUGAUGUAAAUCACAUCAUUGCCUGUGUGCUAGCGCGGAAAAAUUGCCACAGACAUCAGAUUUAAAAACUGUGGUGCUGCUUAUCUAUAAGCCACAAAUGACACUGAGACAACUCGUUACAACAAGCGGAACGAAAAAACAUGAGAUUCCGCUGUCGGGAUUUAUCAGUGUAACAUUCAGCGGAAGUAAACAACACAGGCGCUAGUCACGUUAGCUUAUUAGCAUCCUGUGCUUGGAAGAAGUCUCUCAGCAGAACAAUGAGACAUCUUAUUUGUAAUUAAGCAGCGAUGUCUUCAGUUGAGUGUUUGAGAGAGUUCAUGAGCGAGCGACUAACUUCUGCUGCUGAAGAAAUAUUCCGGGUUUUUCAAAGAACUAUCGUCGAUUACGAGGUAGAGAUCGAUCGUCAGCGCAGACUGCUGGACAUCGUUUGGAAACCUGAAAUAAAGUUACACAGAACAGAGCUCCCACAGCAGCAUGUCUGUAAGGAAGAGGAGGUUCUUGCUGACCAGCAGUUCUGUGACCAGGAGAGGAACUGCAGUCUGGACCAAGAGGACCCAGAGCCUCCACAGAUUAAAGAGGAACAGGAGGAACUGUACACCAGUCUGGUGGUAGAAGAGCUGGUACUGAAGCAGGAGACUGAAACCUUUAUGUUGAUUCCAACUUGUGAGGAAAGUGACAACGGUGAAGAUCAGACUCUGGACUGGAGUCCUGAUGAAACUGAGAGUGCAACAGAGAAAGAGCAUGAUGUCAGCAUCUCAGUUAAAAGCUUAGUGGUACCAGAACCAAACAGUGAUGACCAGCUCCUCUCUCACAACUCUCAUGUAGCUGAGAGCCAAGAUCACAAAGGAGGCAAACAAGGAGACUCGGGAUCAACUGGAAAUGUAGAGACAAAACCACAGAAGAGACAUCAUAACAGCAACAGUCACACGAACGACCCAGAGCCUCCAGAGAUUAAAGAGGAACAGGAGGAACUCUACACCAGUCUGGAGGUAGAAGAGCUGGUACUGAAGCAGGAGACUGAAACCUUUAUGUUGACUCCAACUUGUGAGGAAAGUGACAACGGUGAAGAUCAGACUCUGGACUGGAGUCCUGAUGAAACUGAGAGUGCAACAGAGAAAGAGCAUGUUGUCAGCAUCUCAGUUAAAAGCUUAGUGGUACCAGAACCAAACAGUGAUGACCAGCUCCUCUCUUACAACUCUCAUGUAGCUGAGAGCCAAGAUCACAAAGGAGGCAAACAAGGAGACUCGGGAUCAACUGGAAAUGCAGAGACAAAACCACAGAAGAGACAUCAUAACAGCAACAGUCACACGAACGACCCAGAGCCUCCACAGAUUAAAGAGGAACAGGAGGAACUCUACACCAGUCUGGAGGUAGAAGAGCUGGUACUGAAGCAGGAGACUGAAACCUUUAUGUUGACUCCAACUUGUGAGGAAAGUGACAACGGUGAAGAUCAGACUCUGGACUGGAGUCCUGAUGAAACUGAGAGUGCAACAGAGAAAGAGCAUGUUGUCAGCAUGUCAGUUAAAAGCUCUGUGGUACCAAACAGUGAUGACCGGCUCCUCUCUCACAUCUCUCAUGUAGCUGAGAGCCAAGAUCACAAAGGAGGCAAACAAGUAGACUCAGGAUCAACUAGCAAUACAGAGCCAAAACGACAGAAGAGACAUCGUAAAAGUAAAAGUCACAGUAACAAUGUAUGUAACACUACCAUGUCAAAGUUUCAGACUCACAAAGGUAAAAAGAUUUUGAAGUGUGACACUUGUGGAAAAGCUUUUAAGUAUAUUUCCCAAUUGAAUAGACACCUGACAAUCCACACAGAUGAGAAACCGUAUUCAUGUAACUCUUGUGAAAAAAGAUUCUCUGUGCCAGGUGCAUUAACCCUGCAUAUGAAAGUCCACACCGGUGAGAAGCCGUACCCCUGCAACACUUGUGGGAGAAGAUUUACUCAAAUGGCAAAAGUGAAAAGGCACAUGAGAACACAUACAGAGCUCCCACAGCAACAUGUCUGUAAGGAGGAGGAGGUCCCAGAGCCUCCACAGAUUAAAGAGGAACAGGAGGAACUCUACACCAGUCUGGAGGGAGAGCAGCUGGUGCUGAAGCAGGAAACUGAAACCUUAAUGUUGACCCUUACUUGUGAGGAAAGUGACUACAGUGAAGAUCAGACUCUGGACUUGAGUCCUGAUGAAACUCAGAAUGCAGCAGAGAAAGUGCAUGUUGUCAGCAUGUCAAUUAAAAGCUCAGUGGUACCAGAACCAAACAGUGACGACCAGCUCCUCUCUCACAACUCUCAUGUAGCUGAGAGCCAAGAUCACAAAGGAAGCAAACAAGGAGACUCAGGAUCAACUAGAAAUGCAGAGCCAAAAAAAAAGAAGAGGCAUCACAGAAGCAAAAAUCACAGUAACAAUGAAGACCACUCUACCACAUUAAAGACUCACGAGCUCCCACAGCAACAUGUCUGUAAGGAGGAGGAGGUUCUCGCUGACCAGCAGCUCUGUAACCAGGAGAGGAACUCCAGUCUGGACCAAGAGGACCCAGAACCUCCACAGAUUAAAGAGGAACAGGAGGAACUCUGCACCAGUCUGGAGGGAGAGCAGCUGGUGCUGAAGCAGGAGGAAAGUGACUACAGUGAAGAUCAGACUCUGGACUGGAGUCCUGAUGAAACUCAGAGUGCAGCAGAGAAAGAGCAUGUUGUCAGCACGUCAGUUAAAAGCUCUGUGGUACCAAACAGUGAUGACCGGCUCCUCUCUCACAUCUCUCAUGUAGCUGAGAGCCAAGGUCACAAAAGAGGCAAAGGAGUAGACUCAGGAUCAACAAGAAAUCUAGAGACAAAACCACAGAAGAGACAUCAUAAAAGUAAAAGUCACAGUGACAAUGUAUGUAACACUACCAUGUCGAAGAUUCAGCUGGAUACCCAGACAGGUAAAAAGGUUUUGAAGUGUGACACUUGUGGAAAAGCUUUUAAGUAUGUUUCCCAAUUGAAUAGACAUCAUAGAGUCCACACAGGUGAGAAGCCGUAUUCAUGUAACUCUUGUGAAAGAAGAUUCUCAUUGGCGGGUGCAUUAAAAGUGCAUAUGAGAGUCCACACAGGUGAGAAGCCGUACCCCUGUAACACUUGCGGGAAAAGAUUUAGUCAAAUUACAAAAGUGAAAAAGCACAUGAAAACACACACAAGGGAGAAGCCAUACCCAUGUAACAUCUGUGAGAAAAGAUUCUCUCACCUGGGCAUAUUAAAAGUGCAUAUGAGAGUCCAUACAGGUGAGAAGCCGUACCCCUGUAACACUUGUGAGAAAAGAUUCUCUCAUCUCUGUGCAUUACACAACCAUAUGAGAAUCCACACGGGUGAGAAGCCGUACCCAUGUAACACUUGUGAGAAAAGCUUCUCUCAGCUGGGCGCAUUAAAAGUACAUAAGAGAAUCCACACAGGUGAGAAGCCGUACCCAUGUAACACUUGUGAGAAACGAUUCGCCGAUCUGAGCGCAUGGAAACGGCAUAUGAGAAUCCACACUGGUGAAAAGCCAUACCCAUGUAACACUUGUGAGAAAAAAUUCUCUCAUAUGUGUGCAUUACAGAAGCAUAUGAGAAUCCACACAGGUGAGAGGCCGUACCCAUGUAACACUUGUGAGAAAAGAUUCUCUGAGCUGGGCGCAUUGAAAGUGCAUAUGAGAGUCCACACAGGUGAGAAGCCGUAUCCAUGUAACAUUUGUGACAAAAGAUUCUCUCAGCUGGUUGUAUUACAAACACAUAUGAGAAUCCACACAGGUGAGAAGCCGUACUCAUGUAACACUUGUGAGAAAAGAUUCUCUCAGGUGGGUGCGUUACAAACGCAUAUGAGAGUCCACACAGGUGAGAAGCCGUACAAUUGCAAAACUUGUGGAACAGAUUUCAUGCGUAGACAUCAGUUGAAGACCCACAUGAGAACGCACACAGUAGGAAAAGAUUCUGUCAGAUGCCAGACUUGAAAAGGCAAAUAAGAAUUCAUCCAGAUGAGAAGCCGUACGUGUCUCACCCCUGGACCUCCGAACUGCCCUCCCUGCCAAGUGGAGGUCUGACAACAUGACACUGAUCAAACUUAAACACUGUGACCAAACAGAGAUUGAACAGACCUUCUGAGAGGCCAUUUCUGACCAAUACCUAAAUUAUGGCCCGAAGUAAAAGCAUAAAUGACCUUUGGGGUCACUUGAACCAGGAUAAAAGACCGACAACUACAUGUAAACAUGGACAGACAGCUCCCCUCUUUUGGCCUCCUUAUCUCCCCAGACCAGAGUCAUGAACUCUAACCCCUAUUCCUGGAGGACAUUCACUGAGUCUCUCUGCAAAUCUGAAUUUGGGUGAAUGAAAUGUCUAAUCAUUAUGUAAAUCCUGUAAUGUUUAAAAAUUCAUAAAGAAUGGUAUAACUUUGAUAAGUAUGCUAUAAUCUAUUGAAAAAAAUUUUAAUUUUUGAUCUACAUGUAAUAAUACUUCCCUCUAUUGAUGGUUAGAGCUACUAAGAGUUAGGUUGAAUUUAUAUUUGAAAUUAUAUUUCCGACAGUUUAAUCACAUAAUUCUUGCUUUAAACUUUGAUUGCACUACUAGACGUGUAGAUGUUUAGAGGCGGUUGAAUCAAAGAAGAUUGAAUGUCUAGACAGCGUUAAUAUGAAUGUUAAUGUUUGGUAUGUUGAUAGGAAGGAAUGCCUUAUUAUGAAAUGAUUGUAUAAUGCUGACAUGUUUUUCUGAAUGGCUUUGCAAUAUAUGGUUUACAAUGGGACAAUGUCGACUAAGUAUGUGCAUAUGUCAAUCUUUUAUUGAAACAAGUACAGUUUGUUUUUAUUUUAUUCCUAAUAUUAAGUCUCUUGUUUCCAUGAAUAGUAUUUACUGUUGAAGUCGCAUCAACUCACAUGGAGUUUAUCCACCACUGAAUAAAGAUUUGAGUUUAGUCAGAUUAAA